AUGGAGGUAAUCGACAGCGCAUGCGCGUACAUUGAGAUUCGUGAAGUUUCAUCGAAGCUGAAUCCGCUGAAGUCACGGAGCUUUGGAUCGGCUGGCUCUGGUUCGGCCGGGUCUGGAUCGGAUGAUCCUGGAUUAGCGGAACCUGGUGACGAGAUUCUGCUCGAACCUGCCCGGAAAAUCUCGACGGAGUCGGUGAUUGCGGGCAGCCCGGAAACUGAGGAGAUGGGCGUGGAUGAUGUGCCGAUGGUUGACAUCCGAGACACACAGUUCGGGAGCGUGCAGGAGACCUUCACGCCCUACAGCAAGUUCCGCAACGUCAGGCUGUCGUGGAAUCGCGGCGUGCUGACUCGGAUGCUGAUGGAGGAGCAGAGCGAGUGGGCGGCACGGCUUCGCGCCACUGGGUUGCGCCCACCGUACGCUCUCGGCUGUAUCCUGCGCUUCCUACUCAAGCCUAAUGAAGAGGUUCGGCAGCUUCUGGAGGGCCUGGAGAGGGAGGUGCAUGCACCAGGCUUGGUAACUAUUGGCGUUCACAUCAGAUUCACGGAUGGGACAGUGUGGGAAGGGGAGGGCGAGGAUGCCCCCAAGCAGCUGGGCGAGGCAGAGAUCGAGAGGCUCAAGCAGGUGGCUCGACCCCUGCUGCUCUGCACUCAGGCACUGGAGGAUUGGUGGUUCCCCCCUCCCCUGGAAGUGCGCUGGCUCAUUAUCACAAACUCGAUAGAUUUCAAGAUUGCCAUGCAUCAACAGUAUCAAAAUAAG